AUGCACAAGAAGAUCAAGAAAAAUGAGGAGGAUGAGAAGGUGAAAACAGAGUCAGGUGGCAAGAAAGAGAGUGAUGAGGAAAAUGAAAAGUUUGUCCCCGUCGUCGUCGACCGAACUACUAUACAACGUUGCCGUGAUAAAAAAUGCUCCAAACUGCACCUCAUUCUCUCUCUCCUCCUCUGCAGACCAUGGCGGCGCAACAAAGGAUCAACUCGCCCCAACCUCGACUCUUCCGAAAAUUUGUUCAACAGUUCCUCCAUAGGAUCAACUCGCCCCAACCUCGACUCUCCUGAAAAAUUGUUCAACACUACACAACAAGACUUUGUCUCGGUAGUCAACCGAACCCUACAAGGACACAGUGAUCAAAACCUCUCCACAAACAAACUCCAUCUCCCCUUAUCGAGUCCCGACUCACAACCGCCCCGACUUACGACCGGUAAUCUCCCUUCUUGA